UACAAUAUCUGUCCCCGGAAAACAAACACAUCAUCAUGAAGUUCCUCGUUGCAAUUGCAGUCUGCGCCCUGGUCGGUGUCUGUGCGGCCGACAGCUACGGCAAACCUGCCUACCCGGCGGCACCCGUAGCCCACACGUACGCUGCCCACGCCCCGCACGUCAAGUGCGGCGCUAACCUGCUGGUCGGCUGCGCACCCAACGUUGCCCACGUGCCCUGCCAUCCGGCCCACGGUGGACACCACGAGUAUCAUCACGCUGCACCGGCCCCGGCUUACCACCAUGCAGCACCGGCCCCGGCAUACCAUGCCCCGGCACCCGCUUACCACGCACCCGCCAAGAAGGAGUACCACCACGCCCCGGCCCCAGCCUACCAUCAUGCUCCGGCCGCUCACGGUGGAUACGAGGCGAAGAAGGAGUACGCCGCACCGGCCUACCAUCAUGAGGCACCGAAGAAGGAGUACGGACACCAUGCCGCGCCCCCGAUGCACCACGGAGGUUACGAGGCGAAGAAGGAGCAGGGCUACGGCAAACCGGCUGCCUACGGCGGCUACGGUAAGCGAUCGAGCGACUUCGAGGCUGAGAUGGAGGACUGAAGCGUGAACGGAA